CUUUUUAGGCUAAUGUCCAAGCCCUCUCUUUCUCAUUAGGACUCUCCUCACCAUUACAUAGUACAAGCUCCCAUUAAUGGAGUAUUGGGCUAAGUCUAAAAGAAGAAGGAAGAUGGAGCUAAAAGAGGAUCCUUUACAUGGAGGGAAAACCUCCUAUAAAUAGGGAAAGGGGUGAGGGAAGUACUCCACCCUAAUGGGCCAAACGGGCCGAUGUCGGGCCCAAUGGCCAAAGUGGGCCAGAAUGGGCCGAAAUGGACCUAACUGCUCGGGCUCCGUACUGGACAAUGUCUCGGGCUCUUGUACAGUAAUAGGCCGGGAUAAUAUAUCCCAACACAAGUCCCCCAGUUUCUUGAGUAGUGAGUGCGCGAAUCUGCUCGAGAAAGUAUAUUCUUGCCUGCGCUCUGCCUCUGUCUAGCUGGAACCUGUGUCUUCGAAUAAUCAUAAUACAUGAGUGGAUGUCCACACUCCUGAACGUAAUCUGCCGGUGAGGCACCCCCCUUCCCGACGGGGUCGGGCGAAGGGUGCUCCUCCACGGGCACGCUCCCCCUGAAUGCAUCAGGCGAGAGUAAAGGACUCUGACUCGAGCUUUCCAAUCGGAGAAGCUUUAGAGGUCCAUGCAUCUAUAAACCGACGUCGCGGUACUGUCAAAACAUGAUGCACAUGUGUACGUAUGAAUGUAUGAGGUAUGAUGCAUGAAUGUAUGAAUGCAUGUAAUGUAUGGGUGCAAUGUAUGCGAGAAGGAAUGUGAGAUGUAAUAGAAAGCGGUGGCUCUCGUCGAUAACCCGGGCAUGUCAGCGCCGAGAGGCAGACGUGCUGCAUAAGAUGGUCGUCGCCAUCCUAGAUGGGAUGGGCAAUCCGGAGAUGAACCCGACACAAUGGCACGGCGGGGCCGAUUGUGCUGCAUAAGAGACGUUCGUCGCCAUCCUGGAAGGGAUGGGCGAGCCGAACAUGAGCCAGACACGAUGGCGCUGAGAGGCCGAUCGUGCUGCAUAAAGACGUUCGUCGCCAUCCUGGAAGGGAAUGGGCAAGCCGAACCGUGAACCUGGACACGAUGGCACUGAGGGGCCGAUCGUGGUGCAUAAGACGUUCAUCGCCAUCCUGGAGGGAAUGGACGAGCUGAACGUGAGCUGGGUACGAUGGCGCUGAGGGGCCGAUCGUACUGCAUAAGACGGUCGUCGUCAUCCUGGAGGGAAUGGGCGAGCCGAACCGUGAAUCUGGACACGAUGGCGCUGAGGGGCCGAUCGUGAUGCAUAAGACGUUCGUCGCCACCCUGGGGGGGGAUGGACGAGCUGAACGUGAGCUGGGUACGAUGGCGCUGAGGGGCCGAUCGUACUGCAUAAGACGGUCGUCGCCAUCCUGGAAGGGAAUGGGCGAGCCGAACCGUGAAUCUGGACACGAUGGCGCUGAGGGGCCGAUCGUGAUGCAUAAGACGUUCGUCGCCAUCCUGGGGGGAUCGACGAGCUGAACGUGAGCUGGGUACGAUGGCGCUGAGGGGCCGAUCGUACUGCAUAAGACGGUCGUCUCCAUCCUGGAGGGAAUGGGCGAGCCGAACCGUGAAUCUGGACACGAUGGCGCUGAGGGGCCGAUCGUGAUACAGGAAAAUAGUGAUGAUCAUCUCAUGGCCCUCGGCCCGUCAGUGAGUGGUAAUCGUCUCACGGCCCUCGGCCGUGCUGGUGAUGUGUCAAGUCUCUCUCCUGAUUGGCUGUGAGAAGCCGAUCGUCUGUCAGAACUCCAUCCGGGAAGGCAUGGUGAGCCUGAUAUACAUCUGGGCGAUGUCCCUCCUACCUGAUCUGGGGAGCUAAUCGUCGUUCAUCUACCGUAUCUGUGGUCCUAUGUACGGACCGCUAAGCGGUGGACACUCGGUACGCAACAGACUCCGGUGGAGAACUGGUCCUUCGUGUCUGAUCCAUGGAGCUGGUCUUCGUUUGUCUACCGUAUCCGUGGUCCUAUGUACGGACCGCUAAGCGGUGUACACUCGGCACGCAACAGACUCCGGUAAAGAACUGGUCCUCCGUGUCUGAUCCAUGGAGCUGGUCUUCGUUCGUCUACCGUAUCCGUGGUCCUAUGUACGGACCGCUAAGCGGUGUACACUCGGCACGCAACAGACUCCGGUAAAGAACUGGUCCUCCGUGUCUGAUCCAUGGAGCUAGUCUUCGUUCGUCUACCGUAUCCGUGGUCCUAUGUACGGACCGCUAAGCGGUGUACACUCGGCACGCAACAGACUCCGGUAAAGAACUGGUCCUCCGUGUCUGAUCCAUGGAGCUGGUCUUCGUUCGUCUACCGUAUCCGUGGUCCUAUGUACGGACCGCUAAGCGGUGUACACUCGGCACGCAACAGACUCCGGUAAAGAACUGGUUCUUCGUUCUUCCCAAGUCUCGUGAGUACUGGUCUCCUGGUUUCGCAGGAGACGUUCGUCAUCCCAACUAUGAGAAGAAACAGGUUUACCCACGUCGGGAUUCCCUAUUCUUCGUUCGUCCCUGUCGUGGUGCUACUAAUCUUCUUACUUCGAAGAAGACGUUCGGUCAUCCAACGAUCGCAAGGAUGAACAGGUUUAUCCACGUCGGGAUUCCCUAUUCUUCGUUCGUCCCUGUCGUGGUCCUACUAAUCUUCUUACUUCGAAGAAGACGUUCGGUCAUCCAACGAUCGCAAGGAGGUCACUGGUUUAUCCACGUCGGGAUUCCCUGCUUCGUCGUCCCAUGCUCGUGGCCCUACUAGCCUUCUGCUUUGGCAGAAGGUGUUCAUCGAUCCACGGGAAAUGGGAGGAACUGGUUUAUCCUGCCGAGGUUCCCUUUGGUACGUCUAGCCUCCCCCACGUUCCUACUAACCUCCGCGUCGGGAGACGUUCGACAUACGCGGCGAAGGAAGAUCAGGCAUACCUCGUCAAGACUCCCUCUCUCAUAGGAGCUUCUCUCUCCCCUUCUCCCCAUCUUUUCUCUCUCUCUCUCUCUCUUUUUUUUUUUUUUUUUUUUUUUGAGGGAGGAAAAUACGUUCAUCGGUUUCCAAGAAUGACCACAAGUGAUGUCACACAUAAUGGUGGUGGGAUACAAAAAACGAGUAAAAUGACGAGGCGGUGGAAUAACUGGUCGUCAUGCGAAGGCGAUGGUCACCCUCCUGGAGGGGAUGGGUGAGCCCGAUCGCUAACUCAAGAAGGUCGGCGUUGGGAGCCGAUAUACAAUGAUCAUAAUGUCGCUGAGCGGUCGGUCCUGAUAAUGGAGACGGCAAUAGUGUCCAGGUCAGGCCGAUAUAUCCGAGCAACGGCUCUCAUCCACGCAGUGCGGGGAUGAAACCGGUCUUCAAAAGAUAAAUAUGUCGUGUCGAGAGGCCGAACAUAACAUGAUAAUGUCGGCAGUGAGAGGCCGACCUGAAAGAAUCAAACAACGGUCCUCACCCGCGAGGUGGCGGGGACGGGCCGGUCUUCAAAAGAUAAGCACGCCGAGCCGAGAGGCCGGUCGUGGUAUAAUGGUGUCGGCAAUGAGCGGCCGAUCUGAGAAAAUCAAGCAACGGUCCUCGUCCGCGAGGGCGGGGACGAGGCCGGUCUUCAAAAGAUAAGCACGCCGAGCCGAGAGGCCGGUCGUGGUAUAAUGGUGUCGGCAAUGAUAGGCCGACCUGAAAGAACCAAGCAGCGGUCCUCGUCCGCGAGGUGUGGGGACGAGGCCGGUCUUCAAAAGAUGAACACGCCGAGCCGAGGGGCCGGUCGUAGUAUGAUAAUGUCGGCACUAAGAUGCCGAUUAAGAUAUGGUCCAGCAAUGGUCCUCGUCCGCGAGGUGGCGGGGACGAGGCCGGUCUUCGAAUAUGAUAAUCGCGCCGGUCCGAGAGGCCGGUCGUGAUAUAAUGAUGUCGGCGAUGAGAGGCCGACCUGAAAGAAAUCCAGCAACGGUCUUCGUCCGCGCAGCGCGGGGACGAGGCCGGUCUUCUAAAGAUAAGCACGCCGAUCCGAGAGGCCGGUCGUGAUAUAGUGAUGUCGGCAAUGAGAGGCCGAUCUGAGAGAACAAGCAACGGUCGUCAUUCGCGAGGAGCAGGGAUGAAACCGGUCUUCAAAUAUGAUAAUGGCGCCGUACCAGGGGGUCGGUGGCCAUGUAAGAGUGUCGGCCUGGGGGCUGAUCAUAAAGAACCAAGCAACGGUCCUCAUCCGCGAAGAGCGGGGACGAGGCCGGUCUUCAAAUAUGAUAAUGGCGCCGUACCAGGGGGUCGGUGGCCAUGUAAGAGUGUCGGCCUGGGGGCCGAUCAUAAAGAACCAAGCAACGGUCCUCAUCCGCGAGGAGCAGUGGUGAGGCUGGUCUUCAAAAGAUAAGUAUGUCGGGCCGAGAGGCCGAACGUGAUAUAAUGGUGUCGGCAAUGGGAGGCCGAUCCGAAAUCAAGCAACGGUCCUCAUCCGCGCAUCGCGGGGACGAGGCCGGUCUUCAAAUAAGAUAAUCACGCCGAGCUGGGAGGCCGGUCGUGAUGUAAUGAUGUCAGCAAUGAGAGGCCGAUCUGAAAAUCAGGAUGGUCUCACGGCCCUCGGCCGUGAUGGUCUCCUCUAGGCCCUCGGCCUCUGAUUGAUGGACGAUCGUCUCACGGUCCUCCGUCGUGGUAGUCCACUCUAGACCCUCGGCCUCUAGGUGUUCUUCCUAGGCCAUCGGUCUCUGGGGUGGAGAUGCUCGUCCCACGGUUCUCAACCGUGGUGGUCUCUCCUAGGCCAUCGGUCUCUGGGGUGGAGAUGCUCAUCCCACGGUUCUCAACCGCGGUGGUCUCUCCUAGGCCAUCGGUCUCUGGGGUAGAGAUGCUCGUCUCACGGUCCUCAGCCGUGAUGGUCUCCUCUUUAGCUGGCCCUGAACGUCUUUGAGACUCGGGCCGAGCGUCUUUUAAUCAUUUCGCUUGAGCGCGUCGAGUGAUUUCAGCUGCGCAAUAAGCAUGGUAACGGGCCGCACGGCCCGACAAUAAAUAUGCACACAUAACCAUCUGCAUGGCUUUCUCUCUAACACCCACGAUUACCGGCCUAUGGGUCAUCGUGACCCUCGGCCCGGCUCAUCGUGCGGGUUCAAUGGACGUAACAGCCCGCGGCGGGGCCAAUUAGCAGCCCGCCGAACGCCACAUAGAGAUAUUCAUCGGUCUGUGAGUUUUCAAACUCAGACCCAUGUGGGUCGCACUGCCCUAAAAAAAACGAGGUUGAGUGCUUUGGUGCCCUCGGGCCCCAUAGGCCAUGUUCGGCAAUAGUCACUUCGCGCCUAAUGGCGUAGACUACAUUGGGGUAUGAUCGUCGAUCGGGCAUUUGGUGCCGUGCGGAUUAACGCGCAACCCUCAAAUUAAAAUGCGUCGUUGGGGCAUCGCCCUCCUGAAGACGCUCGGAUCACUUAAUCACGCUGAUCGAGAGUGGGCCAAUAGGCCCACAAGAAAUUAAAUAUUCAAUAAAAUGUUGGCUGAACCAACCAUCACCAGAGCUUCGCUCAACAUUAUUUAACUCGGGACAUUUUAUCCCUAAUAAAUAAUAGUGAUGUAACAGGUAAUAGCAAUGAUAUUAUCCUAUCGAAGGCCAUUCAGAUAUGCCCCGCUCGCUAAUUAAAGCCGACCAGGAGCGGGCCGACGGGCCCACAACAACCAGUCAUUAAUUAGAAUGACGGUGAAAAUAAUUAUCACUAGAGCUUUACUCAUUCGAGUUUUGCCCGACAUUAUUUAAUUCCGGGAUAUUUUAAUCCCUGAUAAAUAAUGGUGAUAAAAAAUACUAGGAAUACUAAUAUUUUAACACUUUUAAGCUUUAACAGUUUAACUACGGAGUAAUAAAUGAGAAAGGCCAAGUGUUACUUAGCUUUUGCAUCCUGGUGGAAUUGAGCAUGUUGAAAAAAGCUUGACUGAGUAACACUCUGGCUUGGCCCACCAUAACCCCCAACUUGGCCAUUCGUAGAUGGCUCCUAGGCUGUACCUCUCUAUCGGCUCUACGCCACCUCCUCCGAACCACUCAAUUUCUGCCGGCCUACAAGCUGUCCCAGCCAUAGUUGCAAUUUUGACUCAGUCAAAAUACUCCAUAAACCUCUCGGCCUUGCUCGGGCCUUUCACGGUUCAGCCAUCCCACGUCCUCAUCCCGCGCUGCUGUCCAGAUUUAAGCAAGAAACCAUUAAUGGCGGAAGCUUCAGCUCGAGGCCGAGCUUCGACCGAAGGACAAGCCAUGGUCUGGCGAGAUGGCAGGGCCCACUGCUCAGGCGUUCAGACGAGGAGGGGGAAGCUAACGGCAGACGGCAUCCGGCGGUGUCGCGAUUCAGACUGAGGAGCUGAGCUUUGUAAGGCGGUAGUCCUCUGAAACGGCGACCACACUACUGGCCUUGUUUAUCCUUCUUUUGCGGAGGUUCCACGGCGGCGGAGACGGUGAUGGCGGCUCCGGCAACUCCAACCCAGAUAUGGAAGAAUCCAGAUCUGAACUCCAGAUUCCAUAGCUUCUUUCCUUCUUCCUUCGCUCGGAUCAGUAGCUUUCCAGUAUCAAAAUCUUCUUAGCAGUGAAGAACAACAUGAAUCUUUUUGAACAAGAUUCCCACAGACGGCGCCAGUGUUGAGUUUAAUCCAACACGAUAUAGAAAUAUAUGUAUGAACACUCAGUUUUUACGUGGAAACCCGAAAGGGAGAAAACCACGGGACUUUUUAGGCUAAUGUCCAAGCACUCUCUUUCUCAUUAGGACUCUCCUCACCAUUACAUAGUACAAGCUCCCAUUAAUGGAGUAUUGGGCUAAGUCUAAAAGAAGAUGGAAGAUGGAGCUAAAAGAGGAACAUGGAGGGAAAACCUCCUAUAAAUAGGGAAAGGGGUGAGGGAAGUACUCCACCCUAAUGGGCCAAACGGGCCGAUGUCGGGCCCAAUGGCCAAAGUGGGCCAGAAUGGGCCGAAAUGGACCUAACUGCUCGGGCUCCGUACUGGACAAUGUCUCGAGCUCCUGUACAGUAAUAGGUCGGGAUAAUAUAUCCCAACAUGUAUUUUCUCUAAUUAUGUGUUUUGUAAUAUUUUAGGUUUAUUGGAGUACGAGAAGAGUUGAAUAUAUAUUUGUCGAGAGAUGAAGUAUGUGAAGCUUGCGAUGCGUUGGUGAUACGAGUGUGUGACAAUUUAUUGUAAACUAUUAGCUCUAAUAAAUUUUUAAAAGAUGAGGAUUUAUAUUGUGAA